GGACCAGAGUAUAGUUUUUGUUUAAAUUCCUCGUUGACAAGGACGUGGUUCGAGAGGUAUUACAAACAACACUUAGCAAAACGUCUGCUCAAUCACCGCUCCGUUUCUGACGAUGCUGAAAAGAAUAUGAUAUCAAAACUGAAGACGGAGUGUGGUUGCCAGUUCACGUGUAAACUGGAGGGAAUGUUUAAGGACAUGAGCAUCUCUAACUCUGUCAAUGAGAAGUUCAGGGAAGUCACUAAAGACAUGCCUCCCCUCUCUAUUGAUCUUAAUGUCAGGGUUCUCACUACUGGUUACUGGCCUAUCUCCCCCUGCAAGGUCACAUCAAAACUUCCCAAAGAAGCUGAAAUAGCGUUUGAGCGUUUCAAGACCUUCUACCUAAAGGACCACAGCGGCAGACAGUUAAACUUGCAGCCUCACUUGGGACAGGCUGAUAUUAAUGCGAUAUUCUAUCAGAAGAAGGACGAUGUAGUGUCUCCUAAACGUCACAUUUUACAGGUGUCAACAUAUCAGAUGUGUAUUCUAAUGUUGUUCAACAGACAACAGUCCUAUACGUACAAGGACAUAGAAACAGAGUCAAACAUCCCAGAAAAGGAGUUGAAGCGAGCCCUCCUCUCUCUUGCAGUAGGAAGAAUACAGCAGCGAGUUUUACAGAAGAACCCUAAAACGAAGGAGAUUGCUUCUACAGACGAGUUUACUAUAAACGAUCAGUUCUCCUCGAAACUCAUUCGCGUCAAGAUUCAAACUGCGAUAGCGUCUAAAUCGGAGACAGACCCUGAGCGCCAGGAGACGAGGCAGCGGGUGGAUGAUGACAGAAAACACGAGAUAGAGGCCGCGAUAGUGAGGAUAAUGAAGGCGAGGAAGGAACAGGAGCACAACGUGCUCAUAGCUGAGGUUACUGGUUUACUGAAGUCCCGCUUCAUGCCCUCCCCAUCUGCUAUCAAGAAGCGAAUAGAGAGCCUCAUCGAGCGAGAAUAUCUCGUCAGAUCGCCCAACGACAGGAAAGUAUACAUGUAUCUAGCUUGAAGUGGCUCUAACUUUGUCGUACAAAAAGAACAGUUUUCUUUCGCCAGCGAUCUCUCAGUUUGCCUGGAGAAUAAAUGUUUCAACUUUGAUGGACCAAUCAGCUAAUUGCUAAUUAGCUAAUUGCUAAUCAGUUAAUUGCCCAAUUAGCUGAAAGAUGGCCAGAGAUUAUAGUCUAGGAUUUCGUGUAAACAGGUCGACAAUACUGUGAAUGUUAUAUUAAUUGAUUACUAUCAAUUAUUGUAAAUUGGUAUUAAUUAGUUGGUACGAUUAUAUAUUUGAGAUGUGUGAAAGUGAAGAGCUUUUAUUGAGAAAGAAAAGAUUAAAACUAUUAUAGAUUUGAAAUUCCGAGGUUGCACUUUCAUUGUUGAGGCGCGCUUUCGUUGCACGUGCAAUUGUGUAAAGCACACUUACGCCGCGCAUCGACUACAUGGGGUGUUACCGUGACAACUGCGCAACAUCUCGGUUGUAGAGGGUUUACUGUCAGAUAAUAUUUCUUUAGAGAGGAGAGAUAAUA